AUGAUUGGACUACUGGCAUUGACUGGCCGCAGAGGACUCACUAAACCAUGUGUCGCUCUCCUCCACCCUGCACAAUCUUUUCGGCGAGGUUACGCCCUUUCUAGAUUUCCUGAGCGAAGGACCGGUUUUGGAAGGAGUUCAGGACGCAAACCCACUCAGGGAACCGUGCCAUCUACUCAGGAUGAGACAUAUGGAUCAUCAUCGUCUGCAUACGAGGAACAACCCUCUGUGCAUGAUUCGCAGCUCUGGGGUUCGAGCCAGAGAACGCCCUCCAGUAACCCGGAGGAAGGUUUGAAGCACCUGUUACUCAAUAAUAAUACGUUGGUCAUAACAAGGAAGCUUGAAAUGCUGAGUAUAUUCAUGGGUUUUGAGCAGUCGAACCGAUAUACCAUUACAAACGAAGCUGGUGAACCGCUUGGAUACAUCGCUGAAGAGCCACGAGGUAUCCUGUCGAUGUUUGCCAGACAAGUCUUCCGCACACACCGUCCCUUUCGUGCUUUAGUAAUGGACCUUCACGGGUCACCUAUUCUCUGGAUUCGCCGACCAUUUGCGUGGAUAAAUUCGCGCAUGUUCGUCCAAAGGCUAAAAGACCUUGACGAGUACACGCCAGAAGGGGAACCUGUCCUAGACACAUUUGCUGAAGUCCAGCAGGAAUGGCAUCUUUGGCGAAGACGAUACCAUCUCUUUCUUCGUGACCAGCCCAGGCGCAUACUUUCCACCACCUCCGAGCCCCAGCCCGAACCUCCGACAGAUUCAUUCACCCAGUUUUCAAAGAUAGACGAGGGGCUCUGGGCCUGGCACUUUAACAUGCUCGAUGCGCGCGGUGCGCCCAUUGCGACUGUCAACAGGGCAUUCCGCGGCUUUGGAAGGGAGAUUUUCACUGAUACAGGACAAUAUUUCGUGACCUUUGAUGCCACACGCCCAGACCUGUCCGAUCCAACGCCGCAACAGCCCACGGUGAUGAGGAAUCUCACUCUUGACGAGCGCGCGCUCGUGCUUGCGGCGGCAGUAAACAUCGAUUAUGAUUACUUUUCAAACCAUUCGGGGGGUCACGGAUUGGGGUUCCUGGACCUGUGGAGCUCAGGAGAAUGAAGAUACUCGUAAAGUAUCUGUCAUUUUGUCACACUGUUUAUCGGUUGCGGUUGGGAUACAAUAUGUAUAUUGCUGGCAGAGUUAAUAUAAAACAGCUAGUCACCUUCCCCGACUUCGCACAAGGUACUAAGAACAACCUCCUGCUCGGAUGACCUCCCUGAUCGUUAAAGGCCUGUCGCGCAUUGUGGCAGGCCAGGUGAAGUCACUGAUUACGGUUUAGUGCGUUGAAUGCGCCCUGGAUUACAUCGCUGUCCUCGAGCAAUAUAAAGGACAAAGUGGGCACGACACGCUGAGUGACAAUGACUAGCUCGGGAGCGACACA